AUGCCCUCAAGCGCGGAAGAUUUGCAGGAGCUCCUGCAGUACAUGGCGCCCGGCAGCACUGUUGAUGACAUUGUCGGUGGAGGCGAUAGCGAUGAGGACGUGUCGACUUACGACAUUGUGCAGGGGAAGCACGCGGCAACUUCACGGGUGGUGCUGGGGGCUGCACCCGGCAAUAAUGCACAGCGUGAGACGACAUCCAUAAGCAAAAUGCAGCCAGCGCAGCACACCACUACCCAUGCGAGCGUUCUUCGGCGAAUACGUGUGGAUGACUUUUAUGCGGAUGUCUCUUCUUUUGCAGGGGGGUCGGGUGGCGCGAGCGUGGCAAAUCAGCGGGUGCUAAACGACCUACGGGAAAUGACAAUGUCAAAUCGCCUCAUGACCAUGCAGUCUUCGAGGGAGGUGGACCGGUCAGAGCGUGCCACUGUGGAGAACGUCAUGGAUCCACGGACGCGUCUUAUUCUCUACAAACUUGUCAACAGUGGCCAACUGAAGGAGAUUAACGGCUGUGUGUCUACGGGAAAGGAGGCCAAUGUUUACUACGCCAUCGCAGGGGACGGGAGUGAUGCGGCGGUGAAGGUGUUCAAGACGUCGAUUCUUGUAUUUAGGGACCGUGAAAAAUACGUCUCUGGAGAGUUUCGCUUCCAGAGGUACUGCAAGAGCAACCCACGAAAGAUGGUGCGAACAUGGGCGGAGAAGGAGGCGCGUAACUUAAAUCGGUUACAGGACGGUGGAGUGUUGGCGCCCGCCGUGAAGUUGUUACGCCAACAUGUGCUCAUCAUGGAGUUUCUCGGCGAGGACGGCUGGCCCGCACCGCGGCUGAAGGACGUCCGCUUCCCAUCAGCCAGCGCCCUCGACCGGUGUUAUUUGGACAUCUGCUGCACUUUACGGAAGAUGUACGGCCGCUGCCGUCUUAUCCACGGCGAUCUGUCGGAGUACAACUUACUUUUUUAUAGGGGCCACGUGGUGGUGAUUGACGUGUCGCAGUCCGUGGAGAGCGAUCACCCGCACGCGAUGGAUUUCUUACGGAGGGAUAUCGUGAACAUGAACACCUUUUUCCGUGCAAGGGGCCACCAGCAGCUCUUCUCGCCGCAGGAUUUGUACCACUUCAUUACCGCCACACCCGCCCCACGCGGUUGGCAGCGCUGCGACGGCCCCGACAACGCCGAGGAAAUCCGUCAGCACCUGCUGGAGCUCCGCGAGACUCGUGAGCGCGAGGGCGGUGUGUCGUCGGUGGGCGCGGAGCAGGCGAAGGUGGACGAGCAGGUGUUUUUGAACAUCGCCGUUCCGCGCACGCUGGGCGAUGUCGCGGACCACAAGGCGGUGAACUCGGAGAUCGCCCCGUUCGUCGCCGAACUGACGGCGUCUCCCUCCUUGCAGAGGCCGCUCGACAGGCACGAGGGCGACGACGAGGCGGGGAGUGAAACCGAUAGCCGAGACGAGGCCAGUGCCAACGGCAGCAGUCACAGUGGCGACCAUGCGGGGGAGGGGGUGACGGAAAAAACGUCACGGCCGCGUCCCCGCACAAUUGCCGAGAUGACAAAAGAGGAGCGGAGGGAGUAUCACAGGGCUGUGAAGGAGUCGAACCGCGAGCGUCGGGCAAACAAGAAGAAAAACAAGAAUGGUAAGAAAAAGAAAUAG